AUGGAGUCGGAGCGCACCGUCAGUCAUUCCGAGGCCUUGUUGGCAUGGGUCAACAGCUUUGAUCUCGUGGGUGAGCCAAAGCAGAUAGCCGAAUUAUCAGAUGGAAGGUUAAUCUGGGAUAUCCUACACGACAUUGACCCCGAGCGCUUCCCCGACGUGACGGACCCCAAGAAAUCCAACCUCGAGAACUUGAUCACAAUACACGGUCGAUUGCAAUAUAACAUUCUAGAUCUACGAAAAUCAGAGGGCUGGCCCCGAGGACUGGAUCCAGAGCCAAACCUGAUUGAGUUCGCCGAGAACAACUCGGCAAGGGACGCGGAGAAGCUGCUCAAGCUUGUUUUCUUUGCCGCUACGAUCACUGCCAAGGGGAACACCGCGAGCUACGAGACAUAUGGCGAUGCGAUUCAGAAACUUGACAGCUCGACUCAAGAGAGUCUCCAGGACUUCCUUGAGAAUGUGGAGGAGGGCCAGUACGAGCUAGACGAUUUGGCGCGGGAAUCGCGGGAGUCCCAGCUGGUCAAGACCAUCGAAGAACUCAAGCAGGAGAAUAGCGUGCUCCGGGAGAAAUAUUUUGCGAAAGAACAGCGUCUGAUGGAGCUAGAAUAUGCGGAGGAGAACUACAAGUCCGAAGUGGAGUUCCUGAAAGAGCGCAUCGACGUUUUGAAAUCCGGCAAAGGCGAGUUUGGUUUCAGCAAACGAGACCUCGACCAGAAGACCGAGGAGAUUGCGGCCCUUGAGGAGCAGCUGUUUAUAGCUUCCGAACAAAAUAGCCAGCUCUCGAGCAGGAUCGAUGAACUCCUCCGCGAAGCCAAGGACUACCAAGCUGUGCGGGAUAAGCUUGACAUUGAGAAGAACAACUACGUAAAUGCAAAUCGCAACGCGAAAUUUGCGGCCGAGCAGAAGUCAAAGGAGAUUGAGAUGCUGCAGUCUAGGAACCAGAAUCUCGAGUCUGAGAAGAAGGAGCUCAAGAAGCAGGUUAUGGAAUACGAUGUGCAAGCACAGAAACUCAACGACCAAUUAAGAGAGUGCAACAAUGCGCUUGCACGGUCUGAGAGAGAAAAUCGCGAGCUCUCCCUUACUAAAGGCAACGUUGACCUGGACAAUGAAGAGCUCCGAAGACGGGUGGAAGGUGCUGAAAAGGAAAUUCAUGAACUGAAAGGGCGAAUCGGCGAGCUGGAAGGAAUCGACGACGAGUAUUCCGGUACUCCUCGUAGCCGGACCCCGACCACAGGAAUGUUGACUCCAGGCAUCCAGGGGAACCUACAAAAGGAUCUGGAAGCCGCUGGCUUUGAGGAAUCCACGUUGUCCAUUGGCGAAGAAGAACAUGCGGACGAUGCUGAAGAAGGCCCCAAGGAAGAACCGGAUAAGGGAAUUGACGAGCAGCAGCUGGCGAAGCAGCUGGCGAUACAGGAAGAAGACAAGGCUAAGCUUCUCCAGGAGAUGCUCAAACCGCUCGAGGAGGCGAAGGAACAGCUCGCACAGUUUAUUUCGGCGCAGACUGGUGGAGGCUCCGAGGCUAUCCAGCAGUCCCUUGAAGAGCUCACAAAGCAGAUUUCGGAGUUGAUCGAGAAGGACCAUGAAAGGUUAGCUCAACGUGCACAGGUUAGUGACCAAUUGAGAUCCCUUCUGCCUUUGGAAUGCACACGCCGGUCGGCAAGUGAGCUCUCGCCUGAGCUGGACGAGGACUGCAGUGAUGAACAGAGUUUGGGCGGGAGGGAGACUCCAUCUUCCACCGUAUCUCCUGCUUCUGAUUCUGAGCAUGCCUCGUCGGAGUCAGAUUCCGACACCGAUAGCGGCGAUGAUAAUGGCAUACGAACUUCUGCACCCUCCCGAUCCACUCGUACUCAACGUUUUUUCCUGGAAGUCAUUAUGGACAACUCAUGCUUAAACCUGAAACUUGCCUCAUCAGCGCUGAAAAUAAAAAUAGCCAAGAAAGGCAAGAACAUCGCUAAUGUCGUCGUCACAUACGAGCUCGAGACAGCAGCUGAAGAAGCCGACGCUACCGAGGGCGAAGAAGACACUGUCAGCAAAGAGCGCGAGAUCAACGCCUACCCCAAACGUGCUUUGCUAACGAGCACGACUUCGCAGCGCGAACUACAAAAACAACUGGAUGCUUUGACCCGGGAACUCGCCCUCAUGAGCUCAUCUUGGUACGAACUUCAAAGCAAGCUACAUAGCACUAACAACGUCCCUACCUCGCGGUAUCGCCAUGGCUCUGCCGGCAUGGUAGAUGCUCAGAAGGGCUGGCUUGCGAGGCAGAGAAGUGCCGUCGCUGGUCGAUGA